AUGGCUCAACCACCGUCUCCUUUCCCUCCACAAUCGCAGUUCUACUCAUCCCAAAUAAUGAAUCCCGAGACACCUCCUCUACCACCUCCAAAACCCAACAGCCACGAAGCCAGUCGAGGCGGCACCCCGCAAAAUACCUCUGCACAAGCCUGGCAGCCAGACAACCAGACAGGCGCACACCAAGGCGCAUAUCCCAAUAAUCCCCAACAACUCUAUAUCCCCGAUCCCCCAACAAUCGAGGAGGGCUGGCUCCCAGAACUGCUAUCAGACAAGUCAACAACCGACCUCCAGACAAUUAUCAAAGACCCAAGCCUGAUAUCCGCCCUCUCAAGCCAACACGCCUCCUAUACAGCCCGCCAACAACACCUCGAGAGCCUAAUCCAGACCAACAAAGAGCUCGCAACCCGCGUCUUAGAAAUGCAGAAUCACCUCGCCGAAGUCCGCGCCUCCACCGAGACGAUGCUGAUCACACACCAAUCGCUAGAGGUCUCCUGGCGUAAGAAGCAGGCCGAGAUGGAUGCCGCCCUAGCCCCGUGGUCGCCGAAGGCGCUAUACCAGCGCUUCAGCGCGGCGAUCACGGAGCAGGAAGCCGUCUGCCAUGCUGUUGAAGAGAGUUUCCUCGACGAAGAUCAUCACGGCCGAGCCACAGAGAAGGAGAUUGCAGAUUGGGUCCGGCGCGUACGGGGCGAGGCAUCCAAGUUGGCGGCUCGCAAAGAGGCCAAGGCACGGUGGGAUGAGGGUCGAGUUGGGGGUUGGCGAUGA